UGUUACUAACCUCUGUAAUUUGCAAGUAUAUUUCAAUGGCUUAUAAUUCAGAUCGUAAUAACUAAUACGGAGUAAGCUCUAUGCCACAAACAUUCCUUAAUUAAUGCUACUUUUUAUUUAUUAAAAAAAAUAAAUCAAACACACAUUGGCCUAUUGUCUGAGCUUUUUCAAAAAGUAGUUUUUCGGUCUUUCAACAAACUCAGAGUGUGAAUACACCGCCCUGAUUUCGCUAAACCCUAAGCUUAACAAUGGCGGAACUUCCACCUGAAAUAAUCACCAUAAUUCUCUCAAAAUUGCCUGUCAAAUCACUUCUCCGCUUCAAAUCCGUCUGCAAACACUGGCAUUCCUUAAUUAAAAGCCCCAAUUUCGUCAAAACUCACCUCAAUCAAACCCUAACUUCCGACUGUAAUCGGCAUCUCCUCGUUUCAGUAAAACACUCAUCUCUUCACUCUUCCAAGCUCGACCUCGAUCUCGAUCUCGCCCAUAACCAGCUCUCUUUCUCGAAGCUCCGCCACCCUCUCAAACGCCGUCAACGUUUCAAUUUGGUCGGUUCCUGCAAUGGCGUCGUUUGCAUUUCCAACAUCUCCAAAACCGAACUCUUCUUAUUUAACCCUCUUACAAAAUCGCAUCGUAAACUUCCUUGCCCUCAAAUCCCAGUUACUAAACUUCAUAUGACGGUGUUCGGGUUUGGUUACGACAGCAAGAACAACGAUUACAAGGUUUUGAGGAUUGAUCAGGGGUAUGGAAAAAUUGAGGAUUCCAAUAAUAAAGCUCAAGUGUAUAGUCUGAACAGCAAUUCAUGGAGAUGUAUCAAAGGUAUCCCAUACAAUCUCUAUAAUGGUGUUUAUGAUGGUGUUCUUUUUAACGAGGCUUUACAUUAUGUCGUUGUUAUUCAUGAAUCUGAAUCUUUAUUUAUUGCUACUUUUGAUCUUCAGACUGAGGGUUUCUCAAGUAUCGACUUCCCGAAUUAUGAUGACGAGUUAGAUAGUGUUCCACUGUUUAUAUUGUCAGAAUUAGGUGGGCGUUUGUGUCUGUUGAUUAAUUGUCGUAGCUUUGAAAUUGGUUUUGAUGAAAUAUUCGAUUCUGAUGAAUACUUGGAUGAAUACUUUGAUGAUGAAUACUCGGAUGAAUUGGAUGAUAGACAUGUUGAGUUAUGGGUAAUGGAGGAGUAUGGAAACAAAGAGUCUUGGGUUAAGGUGUCAAGUAUUUGUAAGCCAAAGAUUAUUAGGAGUUCUGAAUUUAUUAGGCCUAUUGUUUACUCCAAAGACGGGAAAAGAAUUUUGUUACAGAUACACAAGUCGAGGUAUUGUUGGUACAAUUUAGAGUCCGGAAAUGUUGAAAGAAUCACAGUCAAUGGCCUGCCAAAUGGAGAUUUCAUAACCGGGACUUUUAUGGGCAGCCUUGUCUCCCUAGAAGAUAAGAUCCUUUCUGAAAAACAAACCUUGCCAAGGAAAAACAAGAAAAAAGUUGUUGAUAAUUUUCUGUCUGCCUGGUUGCUGAGGUUAUGACUUUAUUGAAGAUGCCACUAAUGGGAGUUUGGUUCAGGAUGUGCAAUAUUAUGUGUGGACUAAAUUGGUGAUUCAAGGAUGAAGAUGAUCAGGUUUCAAGUUGAUCGUGAAUUUUGCAGUAUCUUUUUGGUUGGCUUACUUACUCAACUUGGAGGGAGCGGGGCAAUUAGCGUGGUUGUUUAGUUUGUUAUGGCAUUAGUGAAAACUGAAAAAGUCGAACAAUUAUAUACGUUAUGCAGUUUAUUGUAAGUGAUUUUCUCGUGUAUUUUCCACUCAUGUAUCGUACUAGCACAACCAACUAAUAUGAUUUUGUUACUUCUCUUGC